AUGCCGGGGGAGCAUCAGUGGGCCGUGCAAGGUCUGCUGUGUAAGCUGCUGCUGGUGAAUGUGUUAACAUGUGGGCUGGAGGUGUGCAUGGCUGCAGGGACCGUUUACAUCCCACCUUUGCUGCUGCAGGCCGGUAUGGAGGAGCGCUACAUGACCAUGGUGCUCGCUGUGGGUCCAGUUCUGGGGCUGAUCUUUGUGCCCAUGAUCAGCUCGGCCAGCGACUCAUGGCGUGGCCGUUUUGGUCGACGCCGGCCUUUCAUCUGGGUGCUGAGCAUGGGAGUUUUGCUCGGUCUGCAGGUCAUUCCCCAAGCCUGGCGCCUGGCCAUCCUGCUGGCCCCACAGCGUCCUCCCUGGCUGGAGGCAACACUGCAGGCGGCGGCUGUGUGUCUGCUGGAGUUCUGUGCACAGGCCUGUCUAACCCUCCUGGUGGCCCUGCUGUCAGACCAUUUCCCCGGAGAGGACGAGAACCGCAGAGCUUUCUCAGUUAAUUCCCUGAUGACCAGCCUGGGGGGCUGCCUGGGGUUUCUGCUCCCCGCUGUAGACUGGAGCCGAACUCCCAUGGCAGCAUACCUCGGUGGCCAGGAGGCUUUCAUCUACACCCUGCUCACCGUCGUUUUCCUCAGCUGCCUCCUCACCACCGCCUUCAUCCCGGAGGAGCGAGGGAGCAGAGGAGGCGAGGGGAAGAUGCUCGGUGUUGUGAGCCCCUUGAAAAGCAGGCAGAGCAGAUCCUGGCCUCACCUGGGCCUCCGCCCAACGCAGUGUUUGUACCUCGCAAUGGGACGGUGUGCAUCGGCGUGUGUGUCGGCGCUGCCCCGUAUGUACGGGGCGUGCGUGCGUGUGCCGGUGGUCAUACGGAGGCUGUUUGUGGCGGAGCUGUGCAGCUGGAUGGCGCUGAUGAGUUUCAUGCUUUUCUACACUGACUUUCUGGGAGAGGGGUUGUACCAGGGGAUGCCGGGUGCAGAGCCAGAGUCACAGGAAAGGAAACACUAUGACGAAGGGGUCCGUAUGGCCAGCGUGGGGCUCUUCCUGCAGUGUGUGGUGUCGGUGCUCUGCUCCGCGCUGGUGGACCGCUGGGUCGCUCUGCUGGGAGCCAGGGCGGUGUACAGCAGCAGCGCCGCCCUGCUGGUGUUGGUCACCGCUGUCAUGACCGUCUCCAGCAGUGUCCUGAUGGUGACUGUCAUGGCCGCCUUGACCGGCUACAUCUUCUGCGUCCUGCAGGUCCUCCCAUACACCCUGCUGUGUUUCUAUCACUCUGACAGACAGGCUUUUUUCGCCCCCUCCACGUCCAAACCUUCCCCGGUCUGUGAGCGUGGUGACCCAGCCGUCUCCAAGUCCCUCUUCUCCUCUGAUCCAGCCGCUCUUCGUGGUAAUGGUCACCCGGGGGGAGUCACUCUGCCAGGGGAAGCUCCUCCUGCCGGCUCCCUUGCUCUUGAUGCAGGAGAUGGAGGAGAGGGAGACUCCACACCAGUCUGCCAAAGAGGGAUAUGCUUUGACAUGGCGAUACUGGAUAGUGCCUACCUGCUCUCACAGGUGCUGCCGGCGAUGUGCCUCGGCUCCAUAGUGCAGCAGGCUCGCAAUGUGAGGGCCUACAUGGCCUCGGCCUUCUGCUUCAGCCUGCUGGCUUUUGUCUGCUCCACCCGCGUUGUUUACAGCCACGCCGACCUUCAGCGCUGAAAAACUCU